CGCUCGCUCGUACUCACUCGCGCGCCGCCGCUCGCCGCAGCACCACGACCGAACGACCGACGCCCGCGCCCGGUGUCGUAUUACCGCUCUAAAAAUAUCCCGCGAGCGCGAUCGCCUAUUUAGAAACGGUCGCGCGCCGUGUUUUGAACCAGUGAUUGACAGUGUCGAGUGAAGAAAACUCCCCGAAUCCGCGAAUAUCUACCGCAGACAUGGCACAGUUGAUAACUGUGCGGCUGAACAAGUCUGACCAGCAGCCGCUCGGGUUCCGGCUGCAGGGCGGCAAAGACUUCGGCACGCCCCUCGUCGUACAAAAGGUGAACGGCGGCAGCGCUGCCGAGAGGGCCGGCUUGCAGGCGGGCGACGCUCUGAUCCGCGUCAACAACACGGACGUGUACACGCUGCGCCACCAGGAGGCGCAGGACGCCAUCCGCCUCGCCGGCCAGGCGCUCGAGCUCACUGUGCAACGCGGAGGAGGCACGUGGCGGCCAAGCGUGACGCCCACAGGCAGCCUGCCGAGACCAGGCUCCAGGGCUUUAGGCGCCACCCCUACGCCGGUCACCAGCACCUCGCUGAAGGCCAACCAGCAACCCUCGCGCGCCUUCGGCUCCGGACACAACAAUGUGGCGAAGCCGUUUGGAUACAUGAACGGCAAUGACUCUGUGAAGAGCAUAGUGAACAAGCAAUACAACACUCCAGUGAACAUGUACAGCGACAAGACCAUCGCCGAGACCCUCUCCGCGCAGACCGAGGUCCUGGCCGGCGGGGUACUUGGAGUCAACUUCAAGAAAAAUGAGAAAACUUAUGAUGCCGAGAAGAGCGCCGUUUUCAAAGUGCUUCAAGAGGCUGAAAACGACCCCGAGCCAGUAGAAGUGUGUCCCGGCGCCGCGCCGCCGCCGCCCGCCGUGGCCGGCCUGCGACCCGUGGCCGCGCCCGUCACGCGCCCGGACGCGCCCGUCAACAACACCGGCGGCCUGCCGCCCGGACAAAACAUUUGCGAGGAGUGCGAGCGCCUCAUCACCGGCGUGUUCGUGCGCAUCAAGGAUAAGAACCUGCACGUGGAGUGCUUCAAGUGCGCGACGUGCGGCUCGUCGCUGAAGAACCAGGGCUACUACAACCUGAACGGCAAGCUGUACUGCGACAUCCACGCCAAGCUCGUCGCGCGCCAGCACCCGCCCGCGCCGCACCUCGAGCCCGUCACUGUGCCUCCGGGCGGUCGUCUUCCAACCAACGCGUACUCGACUCCGCUGCCACCGCUGGCCACAAACAACUACACGAACGGUUCAUCAUCGAUGUUCAGCCCGUCAAGCAACCUGUCGGGCCCGAAGCCAUUCGGCUCGUCGAUCGGCUCGGCAUACUCGCCGUCGCUAUCGCCGCGUUCGGCGCCCAUGUCGCCCGCCCGGCCUGUGGCCGCGCCCGCGCCCGCUCACGCGCCCGCUCCCGCGCCCGCUCCCGUCGCGCCCUUCGCACCGACCCAAAAUGUAAAAAGCGUUGUGUGGCCCCCGCCAAACCCUCCCGAUGACGAACUACCGAAACACGAGGUCGACUUGCAAAUAACAAGUAACACUCGCCCUGAACCAGCUGCGUCGGCGGCGGGAUCAGUGUCUGUCCCGCCGGUGACGACUAGUACCGCACAAACUAUUGAACGCAGAAUGUCUUCAACCCAACAGACGAAGGAAGUGACUUCUUCAGUAACAGGAUUACUUACUAUGCCUCCAAUGAUGACUAAUCCUCAACAAAUGAUGGAACAGGCAAUGUCUUCAAGCCAACAGUUUAAGGAACUGGCUACCUCAAUGGCAGAAUCGGUGGCUAUGCUUCCAACUAUGACUAAUGCUCAGCAAAUUGUUGAAAAGAUGUCUUCUUGCCAAGAGACUAAAGAACACGCUUCUAGUGUUACAUAUGCUUCAGCCAGUAUGUCGACCACUACAGCAACUUCUUCAAAAUCAGAAUCGAUUGUCGAGAGUCAUCAAUCUCAAGAGAAGCGAGAAACUACUAGCAUUGUUCAGUCAUUUUCGGAGCAAGCAUCAGCAGAAUCUCAAAGCGUUAUGAUCUAUCAAUCCCAGACAAGUCCACCUAUACAAAAGUCAUUCGAAAAUCCUAUGGAUACCAUUGCCCAAAAGCAAACCAAAGAGAUUUCUGAUUCGAAUACGAAGGUCACUUCGGAGGUAGCUGUAGCGAAAGAAUCGAUCACUUCUGCAUCUGAAAUUCAAGAAACUAAAAUUCAACCAAACCCUGAACCCAAGCCUGAGCCCAAAGAUACGACCACUGAAAUGAAAAGUGUUAAUAAUGAGGAAUCCCGUGCUGUAUGCAAUAAAAUUGAAGAGACAAAAUCUGAACUUAACAAUGCAACUGAAGAACAAACUGCUUCUUCUAAUAAAACAUCCGAGUCAACUCAAAAUACUAAAGAAGUUAAAGAAAUUGAAAAUGUAUCAAUGAAAACUAACACCAUUGAAUCUGCACAAAUGUCUCAUGAAUCCCAAAACAUUGCCACCACCACAAAAGAAGUAAAGUACAAGGACCUCGUUGAGGAAAAAGUUUCAAAAUCUGAUACUGUUUUACAAACACAAACCCUCCCUGUAAGCAGUGGCCCUCAUGUUUCUAUGGUGGAAGCGUUAACGAUUGCACCAGAUCGUCCAUAUUCUCCUAUGCCGUGUGCUCCUCAAUACGUAAAUCCACAACCUGAUAAUCCUACUCCUCAACAAAAUAAUCCCAAUCCUCAACAAAAUAAUAUGAAGCGCCAGAGCAUUCCUGUACAAGAAGAUUCGAUACCGUCAAACCCAAUGCCAAUAUCAGGAGAUAAACAGGAGUUCAAGUUACCACCUCAACCUUCGCCUAUGUUUGCGCAGCAACCGAAUCGUGGUAUAACACCUAUUCCACCCAUCAAAACGUAUAAUCCCCCUGAAUCACGUCAAGCGCCCAUACCAAUGCCAGCUGAAACUAAACCUUAUAUACCCCCAGAUUUUAAGAUCAACAUUGAACCAAAAGUACCAAGAGAAGAAGCUUCAUCUCCAAUGGUUGAUGCACUGACUACAGCACCGAACCGACCGUUUACCCCUGUCUCCUCAACUCAUCCUAUAGAGCGAGGAUCUCUCAGAGAAGCUCUUACUAUUGCUCCAGAUAGACCUUAUAGUCCAAUGCCGAUGGGUAUGACUUCACAAUCGCAAACGAGUAGUAGUCAUUAUACUUCGACUUCAACUGUACAAGUUCAAUCAACUUCCUCUGAAAUUAUACGACCGAUUGCAACCCAGACAACAACUCAAUUAACUGAUCAAAUUCAUUCUGAGUUCUCAAGCAUGCAAAACACAUAUAAAUUACAAUCUUCAUCGAAUACGUCGGCUUUUAAACCGGUCCCAGCAAAGCAAGUAUUCCCGCCACCACAACCAGAAGAAUUUUGUAAACUUGCUCAUUUCCCUCCAAUAAGUGACGAACUAAAAACUAGUUUCGAAAAAUCUACACGAUCUAAACAGGAAAUGAUGAUAUCAGAGUCCAAAAUUGCACAACAAUCGGUAGUAACUACUAGCAGCAUGAGUACAAGUACUCACGGAUUUUCUUCAGUCAAAAAUGCACAGCAAUUUUUUGAGCAUUUGGAUCAAAAGGAGUCCCUUACUUCUACCGCUGUGAGAUCAAAAUCUGGUUUACACAAAGCUGACAAAAUUCCUCCUUAUCAGAAAAACUUUGAUCAACUACCUUCUCAAAGAGGUAUCACACCUGAAGUCUGUUUUGCGCCAGCAAUACCUCAAAGACCCAUUACUCCAACCACUGAUCCUCCAACUAAACCACGUGAUAAAUCCCAGGAGCCAAAACCUUAUAUACCAACAAUGCCAACAGCUGAAGUUCCUAAAAUUCCUCAAAUCAAAACUCCAGUUCAACAAAGUCAUUUACAGUUCCAAAGAAAUACUCCUAUUUCUAUGACCUUUCAACCAGUGGCAGAUGAACACUUCCUUCGAACCUCUCCGGCGCGUAGCCGCCCUACUACUCCAAGCCUAAUAAAUAAACCUGCGCCUAUUAUCCCUCAUUACCAAAUGAAUUUGGUCACUGUUGAGCACAUAGCGCCUGAGACGCAUAUGUAUGAUCCGUCAAGUCGAGAAGGCAGUCGUUCCCCUACACCUAAACUACGAUCAAGAUCACCAGCCCAAGGGCCACCGCCGAAUCCCUUGAAAGCUCAAGCUCCUAGACUUAAAGAAUCUACUCCUCAGCGUCAUACACCCCAUACACUUUUGACGCAGGCAACUUCAAAUCUUAGGAAGGAACAUGAAAUGGCACAGAAAGAACAUCAACCCGAGGCAUUAAGCACAACUUUCCCCAAAAGUUGGGUUCAAGAUCAACCUUCUGUCAUCAGAGAACAAAGACAUAGUAAUGUUGGAUACAAAAGUGAAACUUACAAUAAACAGAAUAUGAAUAUUAAGGAAGAUUCCAUGAUAAACCAAAACUAUGGUCAAAGACAAAUGCAGUCUCAAAACAUGGCUGAAUAUGGAAAUACUACAGUUCAAACCACAAGAAAAACUUUCGAAGAGUUUGAAAGGACUCAAUCCGCUAAAGUCAUAGAAAUCAGAACUGGUGGUUCGUCAUCUGCUGGAUAUCAGCACAUCGAUUCCAACAUUCGGCCGUCUAGUAUUAAUCCUAAGCAAGUUUUUCCACCACCGAUCAUGAGUAUGCCGACCCAACAAAGUUCAUCUUUUAACCAUACUAAUGAAAAUGUUUCCAAUGCCAGUAGAUCAAUAGAAAGUUGUCAACCAAAACCUUCGAUUUCUGGUGCUAACCAAGGUCCAGUGUGUGAUCCUACCCCGUCGACAGGUUCCAGUGUAGGAGCUGCUGCUCGCGGCAAAACGUUCGGCGUCUCGUCGGCGCCCAAGCGCGGCCGCGGUGUCUUGAACAAGGCAGCACUGCCCGGUUCUAGGGUGCCCCUUUGCGCUUCCUGCAAUGGGAAUAUUAGAGGCCCGUUCAUUACCGCCCUGGGCCGCAUCUGGUGCCCGGAGCACUUCAUCUGCGUGAACGCGACCUGCCGCCGCCCGCUGCAGGACAUCGGCUUCGUGGAGGAGAACGGACAGCUGUACUGUGAAUACUGCUUCGAACAGUACAUCGCGCCCGCCUGUGACAAGUGUCACGCCAAAAUUAAAGGCGACUGUCUUAACGCUAUAGGAAAACAUUUCCACCCUGAAUGUUUCAACUGCGUUUACUGCGGAAAAUUGUUCGGAAACAAUCCAUUCUUCUUAGAAGAUGGCCUGCCAUACUGUGAAUCAGAUUGGAAUGAGCUGUUCACGACGAAAUGUUUCGCCUGCGGCUUCCCCGUGGAGGCGGGCGACAGGUGGGUGGAGGCGCUCAACAAUAACUACCACAGUCAGUGCUUCAACUGCACGGUGUGCAAAAAGAACCUCGAAGGACAGAGCUUCUUCGCAAAGGGAGGGCGACCUUUCUGUAAGACUCACGCCCGCUAGUCCCCCGCAGAUAAUGUACAACUCCGACACUGUUUACUCGACCACUACUUUCCGCCCGGUCUCCCCUUCGCCGCUCACUGCUACGGCGCCUGAUACACCGUCGCCGCAAAGGACGAGGAAGUUGGAAACGCCCCUCCACUUCGAUGGAGGGCUGUUUUCUGACAUAAGAAGCGCGGAUGGCAAGUUACUGAGCAAGGUUACCGUGGAUCGCGUCCACAGCUCGACGCGCCACGACGUCACCGACUCGCCUAGCGUGUACGAGGGCAGCGGAUCGCACGGUAACAAGGAAUACGUCAACGACAUCAUCAAAACUGAAACGAUCACCAAUGAGGACGUCAUCAAAGUCAAGUUCACUCCAGUGCCUCCGGAAUUAGAUACUCCACGAUUGCUUACUCCGUCACAGUUUCACACAAACAGAGCUAAGACUCCGAUCGAAUACUUGAAAGACAACUAUGAAGAUCUAAAAAGUUACAAAAUAGUAAAUUCUUUGUGCAAAGAGAAGCAAUUCGAAACGGAGAGUGUAAAAAUUGAGGAGAAAAACUUUGACAACUUGAACAUUACUGAACCAUUUAGAAGGCCUCAUAGUCCACUGGCGAACUUGCUGGUGUCUGAACAAUUGACAAAAAUUGAUAACUACUUACAGGAAAGUUUAGACGCCUGUUCAACAGAAGUCAUUAGCAGGGCAACGCCAGUACCAAUUAUCGUAGAAAGGGAGACUAAGCAGGAAAGUAAGGAAACAAUAACAAAUGAAGCAUAUAAAGCGACAACUUACCACUUAGAGACGAGUACAAAUAAAUCUCUUAGCAGUUACCAUAAGGAGGAUGUUAAUGAUAAUAUACGAAAAGAAACAGUGAUCCAAAAACAGCAAGAACCACCGGUAGCUAGUGAACCGAAAAUAACUUCCGAUGAAGAUUUUUUUUCAAGGAGAAGAUCUAAAUUAAACAGUGUCAGGGAACAGAAAGGCGUUUGGAAAGCUAUUUAUAACAUGCCGAUACAUUAUCAUGCAGCAAUACUAUGUUUUAUAUUGAUUGUAUAUAAUCUUAUUUAUCAAUAUAUUAAACAAAACUGUCAAGGUAAUCAAACUAAAUAAAAAAUACAUAAUGUGAAGUUGUAUGUAAAACUAGUCACUGAGUAGCAACAAUAAUUUAAUCAUCAAUUAAAAGUACUGUACCUAUUUUGUUUCUGUUUAUUUUUAAUAGAAUGACGAAAUAUUAGGAAGAUGUAAAUAGUCAUAAGAAGUGACAGAGUCCUCUUUCCUUUUUUCAUGUAACAUGAAUAAUAUUUUAUUAACAAUUUGGUGCUUUUCUACUACAACAAUGCUCGCAAUAUUGUGAUAAUAAUUCACAGUUUUGUCUAAUUUUUUAAGGCUUUGUAUACAGCUUCCGGAAUGUUGCAGUGAACUGUCACUAACAUUAACAGUAGUAGUAAUUAAUAUUAAAGAAAGAACAUUUUAAGAGCUUCGCGAAAGGUAAUCAAUGGUUUCUUUUGAAAAUAUAUUGGUGCACCAACUACCUGAAAGUAUGGUAAUUUUGGUUUCCUUAAUUAUAACUUUUUAAGUUAAUGUUCGAGUACCAUAUAUGAUAUUGUAUCUAGUUAUGAUUUGUUACAAUGCUCUAAUGUAAUACGAUAAGGGAUUGCAGAUUAAAUUUCAUGUUUGCAACAUUUUAUAUUUACCUACUGUUGAUGGUAAUUUUAAUUUUUAAGAACUAUUUAUUUAGAUUUACUUAUUGCAGUUAGCAUACAACACAUUAUGAUAUGUGAGCUUAAAUAAAGUAUUUUAUUUAUA